GACGCAUGGGAAAGAUCAUUUGAUAAAGGAUUCCAUGAAACAGAUCAGCCUGAAGUACAGCCAGUGCUGAAAACAGCCAAGGCGCAAUCAGCCUACACCCAGGGCCAUUUCCUCUGCUCCUCCUGCAGCAAGAUCUUCCCGUUACACCGCAUGCUGACCCGCCACCUGAAGUGUCACAGUGCCGUGAAGAGGCACAUCUGCAACUUCUGUGGAAAAGGCUUCAACGACACGUUUGACCUGAAGAGGCACAUGCGAACACAUACAGGUAUCCGGCCCUACAAGUGCGACCUGUGUGAGAAAGCAUUCACGCAGCGAUGUUCCUUGGAGUCCCACCUGAAAAAGAUUCACAGCAUACACCAGAACUAUGCCUAUCGGGAACGGCGCUCCAAGAUUUUCGUCUGUGAGGACUGCGGUUUUACGUCUAAUCAAGGGGACACGUAUUUCCUCCACAUCAGGGACCAUCAUCCAACCAGCCCGUUACUGCGCAAGUACCUGCGCAAGCAAGGCACGUCAUUCCAGGAUAGAUUAGACAUGCUUCUCUUCCCACGUUUUGUCUAG